GUCAAAAGCCCAUCUCAUUAGCCACCCCAUCCCUUCCUACUUCGGAACCGCAGAGGCGCUGGAGACGAAGCCUACUGCCGAAACCGAAUAGGAAAGAGAGUGCCGACUGCUGGAGAACGCCGCCGGUAGAGAGACGUCGCUGCCGCUGCCGCUGCCGCCAGACGCCGCUGCACCCUCCAGAUAUACUCCGUAUAUAAAAAGACUGAAAACUGAAAAAGAAAAAAAACUAAAAAAAUGACGAAUUGAAUCAAUUGAUAUGAGUUUAUGAUAUAUGAAUUUAUUUGCUUGCUUUUCCAUAUUUGAUUUUACUAAGUAGAAAAAUUUAUGAAUUUAAAUUUUAUUUCAGAAAUAAUCCAAUAGCUAUAGGUUCUAAACAUCUAUCCAGUAUUCAAAAACGUAAAAAGAGAAAACGGGAUGAAGAUUGAAAAAGCUUAGUAGCUAAGUGCAGUUGGCCGUAUUAUUGAGUUGUAAUUGGGCUGUGGUUGGGCUGUAGUGAGUUUGUUAUGAGUUAGUUAAGCUUCUAACUAAUUCAAUUGUAUAAUCUUGCUUAAAUAGGCAUGUAAACUCUGUAUAACACAAGAAAAUACAUUUCAUUGUCUUCUACCUUUUAUCUCUGCAAUUCUCUUUCUCUUCUACAAUUCCGUUGAAACAGCUUAGUUCGAGCACUAAUCGUCGAUAAGGUCCUACAUUUAUUUAGUAGCUACUUGAAUUAAGCAAUUAAUUCAUGUUCUACAUCAGUGAGUCUCUCCCUCAAUAGCAUAUCUCUAUCUCCCGCGGCUCUCUGGUGGAAUUUUCUAUUCAUAUCUCCAUAGGUUCUCAAAGGUUCGCUUCUUCUACAAGAUUGGGCUUCAUCGUCUAAGAAGUCUCACACAAUUUUACAACUUUCGACUCUCACAGGGAAAAAUGCAGGCAAGUGAUAGAUUUAAUAUCAACUCCCAGCUCGAGCACUUGCAGGCUAAAUAUGUAGGAACUGGACAUGCCGACCUGACGAGAUUUGAAUGGGCAGUGAAUAUACAGCGUGAUAGCUUUGCCUCUUAUAUUGGACAUUACCCAAUGCUGGCUUACUUUGCUAUUGCAGAGAACGAAUCUAUUGGUAGAGAGCGCUACAAUUUCAUGCAGAAAAUGCUUGCACCUUGUGGUCUUCCACCAGAGAGGGACGACGAUUAAGAGUUCCAAUUUGUUCUGGAGCUAAUGUUCAGACCCAGCAUGUUGUUUUUUUAAACUCAAGAUAUAUUCUAGUGGCGUGUUAACUGCAGUUCUUUUUGUGCAAAUGCAACAGCAUAAUGUGUUGAUGUCCUUUGUGUUACUGCAAUUUUUUUUGAACAGAAUGCACAAAAUAUUAAUCACCAAAAUAAAUAUUAGUCUUUUAUAACUCAGAGCUAAGCUACACUCCCUUUCAAUUUGAACUCACAAAAAGAAUAAAACUUAGUCUGUCUG